GCGCUUCUUUGAAUUCCCUCGCUAAACAUUUUAAUUUCACUACAUGCCUCAGAUUUUUAUCCUAUGACGACUGUGAUGUACGAAUACGGUCCAUAAUAUAUAUACAAUAUGCCUCUUUGUCAAUGACGUACAAGAUGUAUCGGUCGAUGGAUGCAUACGGAAGAUAAAUCUAUAAGUGAUAGCUAUUAGAAACAACAAUAAAUCAUAACAACAAUAGACAAAAUACCUUACUUACCAUGUUGCACGAUGAGAUGUUGUCUACCCCAAGCUAGCUAUCAAACAAUGUUGCCAAUGUCUGAGUAGUUUCCUUCUCAUAGAACAUUUGACCUCGUGUUGACUCUAGAAUCAUGGACUUAGUAAAAAAGAACUAUUUUCGCAAUAUGACGAAGGAAAGAUCGAUAAUAACACUGCAAAAAUACCUCGUGCGGUACCAUUUAAAUUAUCAUCUUUUUUGUUUUUUAUGAGAUAUCAUUGGUUCAUUAUAUUGUAAAUAACUCGAUGAAUAUUCGGCCCCUUUCAGCGGAGUCGGUUCAGAACCUUUGUUGAUGGGUUCUUUUUAAACAUCUCAAAAAAUCCAUAUCCAUGUCUCAUAUAUUCUGAAAUAAUACUAAUAUAUAUAAAUGCACCUCUUGUAUCAUGUACAACAUAUAUACAAAGAAGAAUUAGCUAUAUGCAUCUCUUCUCAUGGUGUUUCUGUCCGGUCUGUCAUCGUUACAUCAGUGUGGAUGUCAGAAUCCAUUUUGUACUACAUCAUAUAACAAAAAUUGGAAGAUUUAAAAUAUAUAUGAUAUUUUAUACCGCAUCAUAUAAACAUAAAUAAUACUUAUAUAAUAUAGUUAAAAGAAGAACUAACACAGCUGUUUUAAAAUAAAAAUGUUUUUUCCUUUUUCACCUAACCUUAUCAGUACAGCCAGUUCACUCCUCUCCGUCUACUCAUCUUCCCGCCGCGUCGCCCCCUCCUCCUCAACCGCGCAUCGCCGCCGGCCUCCCCCCUCACCCCCACGGCCACCACAACCGACGACCUCACCUCCCACCGCUGCCCCCUCUCAUCCCUCCCCACGGAUCAUCAGAGAAGAAAAGUGGCAGAUCGAGCGACCAGAUCCGCCUACAUCCGGCCCAGUUGCAACAGCCGACGACCGCAGUGAGGGCGGGCGGCACCAACGCGCCGCUCUCGGCCGUGGAGCUGCUCCCGCCGGGCCACCGGGACCCGUCCUUCGCCUGCUCGCCUCCGCCGGCGUCUUCUCCGAACACACAGCCGACGGCGGCCGGAGGCGGUACGCGCUUGGGCUGGCGUGGCCGCGGCUCCGUGAGGCCGUGCUUGAGCCCUUUGCGCGCGCCCACGCCGGCGUCCCGGCCUACGCCUACUACGGCCUGGACCGGGAGGCGAACGAUGUGAUGCUCCGGGCCAUGACCGGCGUAUCAGAGCCGUUCAUGGAGGUGUUGCUGGACGGGUAUUGCCCCGGUGGAUGGUUUGAGGGCGUGGCCACGCUCGUCAACGUCGGUGGCAGCUCCGGCGCCUGCCUCGGGAUAAUCAUGCGCAGGGUGCCCACCAUCCGCCAGGGAGUCAACUUCGACCUGCCGGACUUCGUCGCCGCCGCGCCUCCCAUCUCUGGUACCUCAUAGAUGUGCAGAAGUGCCUUGGACUAUACUCUGAAAAUGACCAACAUUCCGCUGUUAACAUCAGUAAAAAUCACUCAAGGAAGAAUAUAGUUGGUCAUCGGCUGUUAAGGGAAACCGUCUAAAAUUGUAAUCUCAUUUGCAUUGAUAUCAGUUUCUUGGUCUACUCUUGAUGGAGGCCAUACUUCAUUUUGUUUGCAUUUUCAUGAUUGCUUAUACCAUCUGUAAGUAGGCCAUAUAAUGAACAACUCAUCAACAGCGCAUAUCUCUUGAUUUCCUAGAAGGUGAGAAAUUCCGCGGACAAAGUUAAAUUGUGUCUGACAACACCAUGUAACAUCGGUGACUACAGGUGCAGAAGAACCUGAUUAUGUUGCAAAGCUAGACCAUAUAACAUCGGUAACUAUUUAUGCAAUAACAUCGGUAACUACAGGUUGAUCCAUUUAAUUUCUGUUGCUACAGGAUGAUCAACCAAAAGGAAACUGAGUCCCCUGAUCUGUGGCGUGAAGAUGAACCUUAUUAACCAAAGAUCCGCCUGGGCGCCCCACUCAGACGUGCAAGGCCUCAAGUUGUGUAGGAGCGAGCUGAAAACACAUUCUACUUACUUGCAGGAACGAAGCGUUUGUGUCCAGGGAUCAAAGAUGAACCUGAUUGACCAAAUUGAUGAAAGUCGUAUAAGAACCUUCAGAAGAAGCGUUCGUGUCCAAGAUGUAUGAGCGAGAUCAAGUGAAACUGCAACAGUUCUAAAGGCCGUCGAAGAUCACAAGGGCAGCUCGCUAUUGUACAGGACUUCGGUCCAUAAGGGCAGCUUGCUGUAGAUUUAUGCUAUACAUGUCACAGAAUAGGGAUCAAUAUGAGGCGUCAUUUGACUGAACUUCAGUCAGUACAUGUUAGAGAACUUCAGUCAAUAUGGGGCGUCAUUGGAUUGAACCCCAGAAUUGUUUGACCUCUACACAGCGACCUUACAAAGAGAAUCCGUGUACAGCAUACCUGGGGCGUACCUGGGGCGUGCACUCCUAUCGAUUUGUUUAACCCCAGAUUUGUUUGAGCUCUACAGAUUAUUGAGUUUUGUUUGUUUGAUCC